AUGAAUAAGCUAUUUAGUCGACAAUUAGAUGAUGCUGAUGAUAAAAAGAAAUACCUUUAUAAUAAUUCAAAACGUCAUUUUAAAUCUUUAAGGUCUUCUCCCUCUUCCUUUUCUUCUUCGAUUCCACAAUUACGGAAAAGACGAUCUCUUUUGUCUGUAAAGGGCAUCGUGUCAAUAAUCAUCGUUGUCGUUAUCAUCUUCUUCUUAUACCAACUUACUCAUAAACAACAUAAUACACAACACAUCACUCUCAAGGAUCAACCCAUUUAUAAAAAACAUAAAGGCACAUGUUCAGCCGUUCUUUGCAAUCCAACAAACAAAUGUUCAACUUGGAAACCUAAUCAUCAAUAUAACUGGACUGAUUUGUCAAAAGCUGGAUUAUUUCGCGAUCUAUCCACCAUUCAGCUCGAUUUAGGAUGUGUGUUAAAAAUUAAAAUAGAAGAAGGGAUCGACGAGGGUAAAUGGAAAUUUUGUGCAGAUGGAUUUGCAAGCAAAUGUUUUAGUGUUGGCGAAACAGAUGAAAAAAUAAUAAAAGAACAAAAGAAUGAAGGAGACGAAAUCAUUCUUACAUAUCGAGAAAGUGAUAUUUCAACGAAUGAGGAAAUAGAUGUUACGAUGAUCAGUCAGUUUUCAGUCAAUCGUUUAGAAACAUUCUCCAAAGCAAUUGAAAAUUGGCAAGGGCCUAUUUCGAUUUCUAUAUACCUUACAAAUCCAACUGAUAUUGAUGAACUUAUUGAGUUCUUUGAAAUUGAAAAUAACUUUAAUAUUUACUCUCAAACUAUAAUUACACUCGUAAAACCCAGUUAUUUAGAUAAUUCAAGCUUACAAUAUCCUAUUAACCAUCUUCGUAAUAUUGCAAUCACUGAGUCAUCAACAGAUUAUAUCUUUGUAAUAGAUGCUGACUUUGUUCCUUCAGUUAAUUUAUAUAACUUUGUUCGUUCUCGGCUGAUUCCAUUUAUUUUAUAUCAAUCAGGUAAAUUACCACUUACUGCCUGGGUUGUUCCUUGUUUUGCUAUUCAUGAGGAAUUCAAUCAUUUACCUAUCCCUAAAUCAUAUGAUGAGUUAAGGAACUUGGUAGGUAAAGGUAUUGCUUAUAUUACUGAUCCAGGGGCUGGGCAUGGACCCACUUUAGCCACUGAGAUAGCUAUGGCGAGACCUUUCUUGUUGGGUAAUCCUCUUGCUUACGAGGUAUGUUAUGAGUCUCAAUGGGAACCCUAUUAUAUCCUACAUCGUUCUGCUCCACUUUACGAUGCUCGUUUUAAAAAUCAAGGUGGGGAUAAACAGUCGCAUGCUUUACAUUUGAAUGCUGAGAGAUAUCGAUUUAUGGUCUUGAGAGAAGUAUUCAUGGUUCAUAAGGAUCAUUCUACCAUGGUUUGGCCUGGUGGCGGCUUUGAAAAAUCACAAAAGGCAGCUACGGAUUGGAACUAUUUUGAAGGCUUUUUACGUGAAAUGGAAGAUUUAUAUGGUAGUCAUGUCCGAUGGCCCCGUGGAUGUAGUGCAGGAGCUAUUGGAUGGCAAGAUCAAAGAAGAGAUACUGUUGGAAUAGCUGCUGGUGCAGUAUAG